AUGAUCACCGCUCCGUCUGAUCCGACCGGUCGCGACAUGGCCGACGACGCCACUGUGGACGACGACAACGGAAUGGACGCCUGCUUCCAACUCGCCGAGGAAGCCCUCGCCGCGGGCGAGGUACCGGUCGGCUGCGUGAUGUUCUACGCGGGCCAGGUGAUCGCUCGCGGUCGAAACCGCGUUAACAAGACCAAGAACGCCUGUCGGCACGCGGAAAUGGACUGCGUCGACCAGGUACUUGACUGGUGCGCCGAGCGUGGCCUCGACACCGGCGAAGUCUUCCGAGGCGUGUCGGUCUUCGUGACGGUGGAGCCGUGCAUCAUGUGCGCGGCCGCCCUGGAUUCCCUGAGGGUGUCGCGUGUGGUGUUCGGCUGCCCCAACGAACGCUUCGGCGGCGUCGGAUCGGUGCUCGAUGUCCUGCGGGGCACUGGCGGACGGACCGUGGUCGUAGCCGGGGUACGCGCGGAGAGGGCGGUUAACUUGCUCAAGGAGUUUUACAUGGGUGAGAAUCCCAACGCCCCCGUGCCAAAGUCGAAAGCUAACCGCGUUUUGCAAACGCAACGCUGAGCAACGCUUGUUGUGCGCUAUCUAUUUCCCGGAGCUAAAUCCUGUUGUUUUCUCACUUUUCCUACCAAGAAAUCAUUUCUUGCUCAAGUGGGUGGUUUCUGCAUUUGCAGCUGCAGGGUUGACCAGCAUUUGUAUGCAGGUGAAAAUGUGUCCGUGACACAAAUAUCAACAAGGACAUGUAAUCUCAAAUAAAAACAUGCCACAGUUUGGUAAA